AUGAAGCAGUACCGGUGGCCGUGGCCGCCCUCCAGGAUAUCCCUCAACCAGAUGACAUCAACCUACAACACCACUGCGGUAGCAAUUGGCGUCAAAUCCAUCCACGAACCCGAUCUGCUCUUCGAAUACACCUACACACCGCCCAACAAGGACAAGAAGGGUGUGCAGAAGGUCGAUUUGGACACCAUCUUCCGCCUGGGGAGCUUGACCAAGGUGUUCCCUGUCUUGGCGUUGCUCAAGCUUAAGGACCAGGGGGUUAGCCUUGAUGACCCCAUCACGAACUCCAACUUCCUUGGUUGCUCUGGCUUUUUCGGGAUGCCCGGGUGCAACAAGACUGUGUUCUUCGAGCACUUUGGGCAGCGGCCCCCGGCACAGGUCCCAUUCUCGCCCCAGACCGUGUACUCCAACAUCGCCUUCCCCAUCCUCAGUUUCGCCGUCGAGGCCAUAACCAACCAAUCUUUCACCGAAUAUGUGACCAACGAGAUUUGGAAGCCCACCAACAUACCCCUCCUCCCGGCCAUCGAAGCCGCCGGCAAGUCCGAAACCGCCGCAGCCUACGCCGGCACCUACACCGACAAGCGCACCAACUCCACCCUAACCCUCUCCCUCACCGCCGCCGCCGACGACGACGACGACGACGGCCCGGGCAUCGCCAUCACGCGGUACAUCAUGCGCGGCGUCGACGUCCCGCGCACGGAUCCGGGGAGCACGCUGCCGCCGGCGACGGCGCCGGUGCUGGACCCGCCGAUGCGGUAUCGGCUGUACCCGGCGUCGACGGGGGCGGAGGGGGAGACGUCGUGGAGGGCGGUGGGGACGCGGGCGACGGCGGAGCAGGUGAGGGAGCAGGAUGGGUUGUUUGCGUGGGGGAUGAAUUCCCCCCUUUCCGCCGCCAAGCCCGUCAAAGUACUUGGAAGUGACAUCCUCCAAGGCUGUGCCCCCGUAUGUCUUGCCAAUGAUGACUCCGACCAGCUCGGCGUGCGUGAUGAUGCCGAGCCGCACGGCGUCAUACAUGAGAUCGAACAAGUCAUGCUGGCUGACGCCGCGCUUGGUCCUUUCUAUAACGCGCAGCUUGUGUUAGAUCCCUUCGAUGCCAUGACCAUUAAGUUAGUCGCUGCAAGCCUGAUGUUUCCUUUCUCCCCCGUCAAAAAUCAGGAACGUACCCGUGCUGCCUUCAGCCUCAACCUUGCUCUUGUUCACCACGUUCAGUUCGAUCUCUGCAGCGUCCACCCCGGCCCUCUGCAAGCAAAUGAGGAAGAAGGAGUCCACAAAUCCCACAAGUCGAAUCUUGCCAGCCCAUCUCUCGCCAUUGAUCAAGAUAUCCCAUGGGUGGAUGUCACUGCUAGCGUUAGACACACGCCGGUCACGUCUUUUGGGAUUGCGAGGUGCUCACUAAUCACACUCGACGCUCUUUUGAUUGACAGAUCGACCGUGUACGCCGAGCACUCGAUGGUAUGA